UGCAAUGAUUAACUAAUAAUCAUUUGAACUGCCUGCAAAGCGCACAGGCUUUUCAAACUGUUUUUAAAACCACAUCAGAAGACUGGGAAACCGCAGACAUGCUGAGUCUGGCAAUUUUAUUUGUCUCGGUUUUUUUGAGAGUUUGCGAGUCCAGAAUUGAUGAUGAUUGCAUUAAUAACAACAACAACAGCGAUGACAACAAACCAGAUUUAAGCAGUCUGCCAGAAAAAUUCAGAUACCUUGCCAGGAGCUGCAAGGACAUUAAAGAAAAAUGUGGAGUUACAGAAGAUGGUCUUUAUUUUUUAACAACCGAGACUGGACUGAUCUAUCAAACCUUCUGUGACAUGAGCACGGAUGGAGGAGGCUGGACGCUGGUCGGGAGUGUUCAUGAAAACAACAUGUAUGGGAAGUGUACCGUGGGUGACCGCUGGUCCAGCCAGCAAGGGAAUGACGCAAGACGUCCUGAAGGGGACGGCAACUGGUCCAACAUGGUCACCUUUGGGUCAGCCGAAGGAGCCACCGGGGACGACUAUAAAAAUCCAGGGUAUUAUGACAUCAAAGCUGCUGAUGUGUCUAUAUGGCAUGUUCUUAACAAUGCUGAAAUGAUGCACUGGAGGGACACUGCCAUUCUGAGAUAUCACACGGAAACAAAGUUCUUGCUACUUGAUGGAGAAAACCUGUAUGGAUUAUUUCAGAAAUAUCCAGUGAUAUACAGGGGAGGUGUGUGUAAAACCGACAAUGGACCGGUCACUCCCAUUGUCUAUGAUUUGGGAAAUAAUGAAUCGACCAUCAAGCUAUAUGGACCAUACAUUAAAAGUGGUGGUGAAUGUGAACCAGGCUUCAUACAUUUUCGAGUUUUUAAUAGCGAGCAAGCAGCGCUGGCAAUCUGCUCUGGAGUCAAAGCAACUGGAUGUAACGUUGAACACUGCUGUUUGGGAGGAGGGGGGUUCUUCCCUGAAGGCAACCCCGUACAGUGUGGGGACUUCUCAAGCUGGGACUGGAGUGGAUACGGAACAGGAGCAGGGUAUAGUGCUUCCAAGGAGAUGACGGAAUCAACGAUGCUGAUGUUCUACCGAUGAACCGCAGACAAGCGGGAGCAGCAUUCUGUGUGCAUCGCGUCUUUUAAAGUCUAUUCCGUUGAUAGAAAACUAAAUGCUGUUUUAAAUAAUAAAAAAAUAAAUAAAAUAAAAAUAA